ACUAGAGUAGUGUGUUAGAGUGACGCCAUAUUUAAAAUUAAAGAUGGCGGACAAUUUUAUAACGGGUGAACAAGAAAAUUUUGUGCAAAAAUAAAAAAAAGUUAAUCGGAAGAUUUAAUUAAAUUUCUUUAAUGUAAGAGGAAACAAAACGAAAGUGGAAAAAUGGUUUUUCCAAAAAGAAAGAAAAACAAUAAUUGCAGUGGUUGGAAAUCGGUGAAUUUAGAAGGAACUGUUUUUAAUUCAGAAAUUGGAGAUUUAAUUGGAAUUGAAGAAUUGACUAAUUAUAAAAUCGAAGAUGAAAAAAUUGUGCCUUUAACAAUUGAGGAGAAAAAGUCGAAUAAAAGAUCGAGAAAUGUGGAAAUCGAUCGUUCAACGAAGAGAAAGAAAAAGGAAUUAAAUUUAAAAUCAAAAAAAAAGAAAAAGAAAGAAGAAAAAAUCGACAACGACGACGACGACGACAAAGAGGAAAAUAAUGUGGAAAAUUGUGAAAAUUUAAUUGAAAAAAAUGAAUUAAAUUUCAAUUCAGUAGAGUGGACAUCGCUUGGAGUGCCUGAGAUUAUUUUAAAAUCAUUGCGCGAACAAAAUUUCGAAACACCAACGCAAAUUCAAUCAUUAACAUUGGCACCGGCAAUUUUAGGAAGACGCGAUAUUCUUGGCGCCGCUGAAACUGGAAGUGGCAAAACUCUUGCCUUUGGUAUUCCAAUAAUUCAUGGAAUUCUCGAAUUAAAGAAAAAACAACAAAACGAGGCCGAUAAUGAAAAAAAUAAUAAUAAUAAUAAUAAAUUUAUUGCCAGCAAAAGUGGAAAAUUCAUAGAAACGAAGAAUGAAAAUUCUAUAAAUUCGGAAAUUGAAAAUUCCGAUAAUGAAAAUUCCAUGGAUUCGGAGGAUGAAAAUUUCGAUAAUGAAAAUUCUGAAGUAUCGGAUGAUGAAAAUUCUGAAAAUGAAGAAAAUUUUGACAAUGAAAAUUCAGAGGAUUCGGAAGAUGAAAAUUCCGAGAUUGAAGAAAAUUUCAAUUUAAAAAAUGAAAUGCAAAUGGGUUGUGUAAAAGUGAUAGAUAAUAUAAAAAUUAAAUCCAAUGUAAAUUCAAUGAGAAAACCAUUGUAUGCAUUAAUUUUAACGCCAACGAGAGAAUUGGCGAUACAAAUAAAAAAUCAUUUGACAAAAGCGGCAAAAUACACGGAUAUUCAAAUUGCUGUUGUUCUUGGUGGUAUGGCAGCUGUAAAACAGGAGAGAAUAUUAAAAAAAUGUCCAGAAAUUGUUAUUGCAACACCGGGAAGAUUUUGGGAGCUUGUAAGCGAGGGAAAUCCACAUCUCAAUCAACUUGAUUCAAUAAAGUUUUUGGCGAUCGACGAAACAGAUCGAAUGUUAGAAAAAGGACAUUUUCAAGAAUUACAUUCAAUUAUUGAGAGAAUAAAUAUUGAUGAGAAAAAAGUAAAGGAACGUCAAAAUUUUGUAUUUUCCGCAACAUUAACAAUGGUUCACGAUUUGCCGGAUUAUUUACGAAUGAAAAAGAAACGUAAUUCACGCAGUAAAAUAUUUAAAUUAACACCUGGACAAAAAUUGCAACGAGUCAUUGAAAUGUUGAAAGUGAAAAAUCCAAAAAUCGUCGAUCUUACGAAAGAAAAAGGAACUGCUGGAAGUCUCACUGAAUCGAGAAUUGCUUGUACGAUCGAUUAUAAGGAUUAUUAUUUAUAUUAUUUUCUAAAACGUCACGAGGGACGAACUUUAGUUUUUUGCAAUAGUAUCGGUUGUGUGAAAAGAUUGGCGACACUUUUUGGUAUUUUGGAUUUUAAUCCAUUGCCACUACAUGCAAAUAUGGUGCAAAAACAACGACUCAAAAAUCUCGAAAGAUUUCAAGCGAAUGAAAAUGGUUUUCUAAUUGCGACGGAUGUUGCCGCGAGAGGUUUGGAUAUUCCCAAUGUUGAGCACGUUAUUCAUUAUCAAGUUCCUCGAACGUCAGAGAGUUACGUUCACAGAAGUGGCCGAACUGCACGAGCACAAAAAGAGGGAAUCACUGUUUUGUUGAUGGAACCUUCGGAAAAAGAUUUGUAUAUGAAAAUUUGCAAAACUCUCGGUCGUGAACAUGAUAUUCCAACGUUUCCGGUGGUCGAACGUUUAUUGCAAACGGUGAAAGAGAGAGUCGAUAUUGCGAGGGAAAUCGACAAAUUGGAAUUAAGUUCCCGUAGAAAUAAUUUGCAGAAAGAUUGGAUUCGUAAAGCGGCCCAGGAAAUGGACAUGAUAAUCGAAGAUGCCAGAGAAAAUUCAACAACAGAAAAUGAAGAAAUUGCAAAUAUAAAACGUGCCCUCAAAGCAAAACGCAAUCAAUUAAUGAAUCUAUUGUCGAAGCCACUGUUUCCAAAAGGAUUUUCCGGCAAAUAUCCAGAUAUGGAUUUACAUAAACAAAUGAAUGAAAAACCAGAAAAGGCAAUAGAAUUAAUGAAAAAUGCAAUUAAAAAUAAAAAAAUAAAACAACAACAAUCAACGAAAAAAAAUGAAAAUGGUAAAAUUGUCAAAAAAUUGUCGUCAACAAAGAAAUUUAAGAGAAAGAAAAACAAACCUGUAAAAUAAAACAGAAUGGUAAAUUGAAAUGAAAUUCA